AUGUCUCCCUCGCCGGAUUUUUCCGCAGAGUUUGGGCGCCAGACCUCGGACUUCCCGCGCCAGACCUCGGAGUUCGGGCGCCAGAUCACGGACUUCGGGCGCCAGAUCACGCCUCUGCCCGUGAGGUCGACGGCAUUUGCGCGGCAAACGAGUCCUUGGGAAGCCGGAGCCCUCAACGACUUGGAGGACUACAUCUUCUCUGGCCGCUUCGGCUCCCACGCACACCCAGAGAAAGGCGACGCAGAGGUCGCGCAGGGGGCCGUAUGUGUGGACUCCAGUUCCGCCGACGAGUCGGCAACAUCUUCAGAGGAUGGAGACGAAAGGCUCUCUUUGUGGACAUGGUGCACAGUCGGAUUGCCUUUGGGUGGCUUCUUUCUGGCUUUCUUGAAUGCCACUGUGACGGGCGUCGCCUAUGGCUUCUUCCUCGGAUACAUGGGCUUGGACUCGAAUGUCAUGAUGUCGAUCACAGCGCUCAUGAAGCUUCCACAAGUGCUGCUUCUUCCCUUUGGCGUGAUGAACGACUGCCUUCCCAUUUGCGGGUACAACAGGAAGCCAUAUUUCCUGGCCUCCUGGCUGAUCUGUGCUGGCGCGCUCUUGAUCAUGAGCUUGUGGUCACUUCCCGCCCCGUACUACUGCCAACAUCCUGACGGAAGCUACGACACGCUGUCGCCACCCUGCAAUCCAAGCAUCCAUGCAGAGAAGAACUGGUACGUCUUCCCCAUGUUCGUUCUUGUUGCAGGUGUGCAGCUGGGUUGCGUGGCAGGGGAGGGCCUUCUGUUGCAGUACUCGCAGCGCGAGCCUCUGGAGUGUCGCGGGAAGAUGAAGGCUGAGUUCACAAUGGUCACGAUGGCGGGCUCGCUCGCGGCCUCUGCAGUCAUUGGGGUCUUCAUGAACAGCAAGGAAUACUUGGGCACCUUCGACUGGGGUAUAUCCUUCAACGGCUUGAUGAUGGUGUGCUUCGUCAUCGCCGCCUUGUUGCUACUGAUCUGCAUGGUGAGUGUCCACGAGCCCAAGAAAGUCGAGCGGCCCACGUUCCGCGCCCACAUGGAAUCGUCCUGGAACUUGAUCCAAAGCAAGUGCUUGUCCUGCGUUCUGAUCUUCGCCUUCGUCUUCCAAUUCUUCGCGGGGUUAAGUACGACCGCGGCGCCCAUGGUCCGAAGCCAGUGGGCCGGAGUCCGGGUGUUGCAGCAGCAGAUGUUUCAGAUGGCCGGGAUGUUCGUGAUGAUGGUGGCCACCUGGGUCUACAAAGUCUACUUCUUGCAGUCCUGUUGGCGGAGAGCCAUUCUAACGGCUACUGUGAUGGUGACGGUCUUCGACUCCGUGCCGACUUUCUUGGCGAUUUUCGAUGUUGUCCGAGACCAGUACUUCUACUUGGGCGAGGAGAUUGUCGGGGCCGUGCCCACCACGGCUUUGGCCUUGAUCCUGAACUUGAUGGUCAUCGAACUCUCGGAGCCAGGGCAGGAAGGCUUGACAUACGGCCUCAUCGGCACGGUGAUGCACUCGAGUCAGCCGCUGUCCGUGGCUGUCUCCAACCAAGUCUCCUCCUUGUUCCAGCCCUCACUGUCCAAGCCCGAGAACUACCAAAGGGACGAAGAGAGCUUCCGCCGCACCGUGGCCUUGUCCUACACGCUCACCUACCUCUGCUCCAUGCUGGGGGCCCUGGCGCUCCCUCUGAUCCCUCGCCAGAAGCAGGAUGCCCAAGCAAGGAAGGGAAAGGGCCGCAACCGAUGCAUGACCGCGCUGGUCAUCUUGAUCCCAACCCUUUCCCUGUCCUACGGCAUCACCGUGCUCCUGUUGACCAGCCAGCCCCAGACCGCUUGCCUGCGCUUCGUGGGCGGCCCGGGCUGCGCCUGA